AUGGAUGCCGAUGCCAGCGCGGUAUCACCCUCCGGAACUCCUCUGCCCUGGCUAGUCCCCGACAAUGGGCCCCUUCAUCUUGCCAUUGUCGUCACGCUGGCCUUGAGCGCGCUGUUGAUUUACUCGCUAAGAGCCUUCACUCGUGGAAAGCUCCUUCGCUCCUUCACCAUCGAUGAUGGACUGAUGGUACUGGCCGCUCUAUGCACAAUAGGAAUAUUUAUCACAUUCACUGGAGUCGUAGAGCUUGGUAUUGGGCAGCAGGAAGACGGCUAUGCGUUACCGGUCAGCAAGACUGUUCAAAUGGGGCCGUGGAUGUGGGCAUUGAAUUCGCUCAUCAUCGUGGGGCUUGGUGUCGUUAAGCUAUCAGCUGCUUUUACUCUUUUACCUCUGGCCGAUGCGAGAAGUCAUUCGUACUUACUGAUGGCACGCGUUAUCCUUCUCGUCGGACUUAUGCUACUGGUAUUCUGGCACACGGUUGAGUGGUUCAUAUCAAUCCUCGCUCAAUGCGUUCCUCUUGUAGCGGCCUGGGAUCUUUCGUAUGAUGAUAAGGCGUUGUGCAUGUCGCAAAGCGAGUCCAAGCACUGGGCUCUGGCGAACUACCCCAUCAAUGCUGCAUCCAGUCUACUACUGAUUCUCUUCACGGUCCCCAUCGCCAUCGGCUCUUCGCUCAAGCUUGGACCUACACUGCAUCUUCUUGCGGUGGUAUCGUUAGGGCUCUUUGCCUGCGCUGCAGCCAUCAUUAGAUCCUGGAUGGUCGUCACAUCUUGGGACCACAUCGGCUAUCGGAACAACUUUGACUUGACAUUCACCACAUGGGGUAUCUGCGAGUUUCUAACCGAGAUGAUAGCUGUUAAUCUCAGCACCUUACUACCUCUCGGUAGAGAAAUCCGCAGUCCGGACAGCGCUGCCCGUAACCCUCCACGCUCCGUCGGCAUCUCUGGCCCCGUAGCCGGUAGCACUGUACACCUAUUACACGGCGAUGUCGACGAAGUCGUCCCUAGCUACUCAGAACCCUACACCCCUGAAAGGGAUAGCUUUUACAACUCUCGCUAUUCAGGUCAGACGGUCAUCUACCGGCCUGACACCGCCUACUUCCCGGCACACUUCCAUAGCAACAAUAGUAUGUCGCGCUUCCACGACGACGAAUCUAAUCUAGACUUCGACAUUGAAGCUCCCUCAACCCGAUCUAGCCCUCCUCGGAAAACAACGAAAUUAGGACCAUCGUCACGCUUCUCUGUGUCGACCGCUAGUACGCAUACGCGUAGAGUGAGUGACUCGUCACAGCUCAGCGGAUACUUGCACAAAGAUUCUGAGGCCGAUUUUGGGAAGGAGAAAAAUGGAAGAGUCAGAUUGAAUGCGGUAGAGCUCGAAGAGAUUGUGAAGAGCUUGGGAUUGAAAAGACACAGUAGUCAUGGAAUUUGGGAUAAAGAGCUGGGUCCUUUCGAGGAGAAAAGCGAAGAUGGGGGAAGCAGCGUUGCGCCUACAAUAUUUCUGGAAGGCGAUGAAGACGCGGAGGACGCUGCUGAGGACAUAUGCACAUGUCCAGCACCAAGGGUGAUGAACACCAACACAAAAGGCGAUGCAGAUGAUGCCAGUCUGCAGACCGAAGCAGACUCGAGCGAGAUCACCGUGAUCCGCAUACGUGGAAGUGCUAAAUGCGGUCUCCACAAGAACGAGCCCGGCGCUCGGCCUUCUCAUUCGCGAAUGAACUCUGGAGAGUGGAUCGCGCGUGCAUGA